AGCAGCAGCCCGAACAGCCGCAGGAGGAGCCGCAGCAGCAGGAGCAGCAGCCGCCGCCGCAGGAGCAGCUGCAGCAGCAGGAACGGGUAGCCUUCUGCAGCGACGAGCUCUGCACCGCAGCGCCGCGGGCUCUGCUGCGGCACACUGAUCCCGCCAAGCAACCGCCCCGGCAGCGCCCCCACCCCAAUCCCCGCCAGCUUCCCCACCCUCCGCCCAGCCCCGGUAGCGUCCAGUCCAUCGUCUUGUCACCCCUGUACCCGGGGAUGCUCCUGUCCAAGAUCAACUCUCUGGCUCACCUGUGCUCCGGGCCCUGCGUGGAGCUGCAUUCGGCCAAGCUGCCUCCCGGUGAGGACCCUCCCCGGCGUGGAGGGCGGGGACCCGGACUGGACCGAACCGACGGGGAAGGGAAGACGGUAGAAAGCGGAGCAUGCACGCCGGCAGAACCGGCGAGGAGAAGGACACUUAGGGAGAGGAAGGAUUGGGAGAGAAAAGGGAAAGAAAAAGAGCCCCUGGAGAAGCAGUACCAGGUGGGCCCGCUGCUCGGCAGCGGUGGCUUUGGGUCUGUCUACUCGGGCACCCGGAUAGCAGAUGGCGCACCGGUGGCUAUCAAGCACGUGGACCGAGAUAGGAUCUCAGACUGGGGGGAGUUGCCCAAUGGUAACCGAGUGCCCAUGGAAAUCCUCCUUUUGAAGAAAGUGAGCUCGGGGUUUCCUGGGGUCAUCCGACUUCUGGACUGGUUCGAGAGGCCCGACAGCUUCAUCCUGGUGCUAGAGCGUCCGGAUCCAGUCCAGGAUCUCUUUGACUUUAUUACGGAAAGGGGAGCCCUGCAGGAGGAGCUGGCCCGAAGCUUCUUUUGGCAGGUGCUGGAGGCUGUCAGACAUUGCCACAGUUGCGGGGUGUUGCACCGAGACAUCAAGGAUGAAAAUAUUCUCAUCGACCUGAACCGAGGGGAGCUCAAGCUGAUUGACUUCGGAUCCGGGGCAUUGCUUAAGGACACAGUCUACACUGACUUUGAUGGCACCCGGGUGUACAGCCCACCAGAGUGGAUCCGUUACCACCGAUACCAUGGCAGGUCUGCAGCAGUGUGGUCCCUGGGGAUCUUGUUGUAUGAUAUGGUCUGUGGCGAUAUUCCCUUUGAACAUGAUGAGGAAAUAAUCCGGGGCCAGGUGUUCUUCAGGCAAAGAAUCUCUUCAGAAUGUCAGCAUCUCAUUAAGUGGUGCUUGGCUCUGAGACCAUCAGAUCGACCAUCCUUUGAAGAGAUCCAGAGCCAUCCAUGGAUGCAAGAUGUGCUCAUGCCCCAGGAGACGGCAGAGAUCCACCUACACAGCCUGAUGCCAGAGUCCAGCAAAUAAUAGCCUCUCUUCAGGCUCCUCCCCACCCCUCCACCUCCUCACUGAUGUUCAAGGGGCAGAGAGGCAGGGGAAGCUUCCUCCCUUCUCCCACUUCCCAAGUACCAAUGACUCUUGGAAUCAAGCAGGGCCUUGCUUGUUACAGGAACAACAAUUCAUAGCUCAUUCCAGACCCAAGCUCCCUGGAGGCUGCCUCCUAACUAGGAGAAACAACUCCGUCCCAGGUGGCCUGGGCCUCAACUUCUAAGGAUUUUCCCCUUACCACUUUCCUCAGGUUACUAGUGUUUCCCAACACUACAGAAACCUGGAGGCUUCAGCCCUGGGCUGAGACUGAUUUCCUAACCUAUAGAGUUCUACUGAAUGCUGGGAGGGUUGGAGGAAAAAAAGGGUGGGGGUGGGGGGAAGGGUUGGAAAGGAGGGGAAAAUAGGAUAGGACUGAAUUGAAUAACAUUGUAUUUCGUCACUGUCGCCCCUUCCAACUCUUCAGAGUGCCUUCUGUGGUGACUCCGGCUAUGCUGGGAGAAAUACUGGAAUUUGCCCUCUACCUGCUGCUUCUCCAAAAAAAAAUCUGCUUGGGUUGGGUUCCCUCUUCUCUCUUUUUCACCUCCCCAAAUUCCCCCCCUCCCUUCUCAAUCCGUAAGAAAGGUGCCAUGGAAGAAGCUGUGGGCCAAACACUGAGCCACCUCACCUGCCCAAUUUCUGCCUCCUGUAGGAAAACUUUAGAACUGGUCUUCCUCCUUGGUUGUUAACUUAAAUGUUUCAAAGCCAAGACCUCAAGAGAAAAAAAAAAAAAAAAAACGCACAGACAAUGCAACUCAGCAGGAAAAGAAAAAACUGUAAAUGUGUGUGUACAUUUGGCACAUUAGUGUAAAAAAGAUUGUAGUUGUUUGGAA